GCUGCAAGUCUACAUUAGUCCUAAUGGCUCGAAAUAUUGCCAAACUACAGGAAACAAAGCAGCUGAUCAAGAAUGAAACAUCCUUGGUAGGCGUGACUGUUGUACAGGCUGAUCUGACCAAGAAACCUGCUGGUAGAGCUGUUGCCUAUUCUUCAAUAAAAGCUGCCAGAAAUGUUUUUCUUGAAACAUUGUCUUUGGAAUAUCCAGAUGUACGAAUGCUUAACUAUUCUCCUGGCCCUUGUGAUACAGAGAUGUUUCACACCGUUAGAAAUGAUGCUACAUUUGAACCUACCAAAGCAGCGUUUGCAGAUAUUUUACCUCUCAAAACUGAAGAGUCAGUAGGUAAACUUGUGCGUAUCCUUAAAGAAGAUAAGUUUAGGAAUGCUGAAGUAAUAGACUAUUAUGAUUAUUAG